UUUUAACAGACAAAUUAUGAUUAAACAUAUAUAGUCAAGUACAGUUAAAUCAACUGUGCUUUGUAUUUUAGAGGGUGGAGACUUAAAUUAUUAGCGACUCAAAUAAUGAUAGUACGUGUAUGAAUCAGAUAUAUUUUGGGAUACCAGGGAUUAUCUUUGAGUAUAUCCAUAAAUCAGGAGAUUAUAUUAACAAAGUUAUUCGGUCCGUAAAACUUAGGGAUUUGUACAUGUUACUGAUAUCGCUUUUGGAACACAUACGAUGCCUAGAAUACAAGCAAGAUCAGCUACAGGACUACACAAAUCACCCGGCCGACGACUAAUGUAAACAGUGCGGUGUUACAAAUCAUGUCUUCCAAAAUUGAGGAAUACCUAUACCCAACUGAUAAGAGACGUCGACGCCCGGUUUCGUUAGCAUCAGACGUACGAAAAGAAGCUAUUCGUUUGAAUAUCUUAGAAGAGAGCUACAAGCUAAAACAUAAAAAGCAGAUCGAACGGGAGAUACGAUAUUUCACAAAUGACUUAACGCAUCAGAAAAAUGUUUAUUCUCUGAAACUUGAUAAACUACAACGACGUAAAACGGAAAUCCAAGAGGAACGCAGGGAUAAGGGUAUGUAUCCAACGGCAGCCGAACAUGCCAAUAAUAUUCCAAGACCGUCUCAUACUCCACUUGCCGCUAAGUACCGUAACGAACACUCCAGGUCCUCUGACAUUACUAAAGUCCCAAAAUGUGUAGGAGUACAAAAUGGCAAAUCGUCGAAAGAUUUUUCAAGGUCAGACGUAAUUUGUACAUUUUCUGUUCAGGGUGACCGACCGCAGCCAUUCGUGGUAAACCCAUUUGUCAAGCCACCACAUCAUUUGAAAAAAUUAAGCCACAAUGGUCUCGGAAUACCAAGCCUGCAGAUAAACGAGAUGAAAGUUUACAGAAUUGGCAAACAUAAAAAUCUCAUUAAAGAUAAUGACAUGCUGAAACUUGUAAGAUCAAAAACACUCGGCAAUGACAUAAUCAACGACAAAGGCUAUCGAGAAAAUGUUAAAAGAGUCAGCGACACACAAAAUUCUGAAAAAGGCAAAGCACACAUCGAAAGACUGGAAUCCAUUAACGAAGUGUCAAAGCCAAUGAGAAAUCUUCCUAGGUCAAUGAGUGAUCCGACUCAUAAUACGGAGUUUUUUGUACACGAUCAAUUUAAAAAGAGGCCAACUUUAACUAGGUCAAUAUCUAGCCAAUCAGAUGUAUCCCAACCUUCAAGACGACUUUCAAUGGUCUAUAACUCACUCCCGAUAUAUUUCCGAUCGUCGACCGCUGCGGAACAGUUUAGCCGUACAAGCGGUGACAUGCCUUCAAAUAACAUCAGCCUGGGUGUAGAAGGGAACGGGACUCGAACACAAGAAAGGAUGAGACGUCGAUCGACAGGGUCAUCGACUUUAACUGCCCAAGAAUUAAUUCAACAGGAGCCAUACAGGAAGGUUUCUACCUGGCAGAAUUUUGUUCAUCCAAAAUAAUUCAAUAGUGUAACAUAUAAUAUGCCUAAAGUGCCGUGUUAAUGUACUGUGCCUUGGAACCUGCAUCACCCAUCCCUGUCCCCGCGUUGCUAUAGCAACCAUUUGAAGAAACACUUCAAUUGCAAUAUACAUACAAAUCUAUAGAAUGUUAGAAGAAUAUUCAAGAAUUACUGUUAGAGCAAAAAUGUCAAGACUUUUUGGAUAAUCCUCGUAUAUAUAAUCAUGUCAUAUGAAUGACAUAUUAGUCACUACAGUGUACAAACAUCUACAAACUUACUACGACUACAUACGAAACUACUUGACAUCAGUUUCAUAUGUUAUAGAUUGUAUUGUAUUGUAUAUUUAUUGCCUCAUUUAUAUUUGAGAAUACAUUUUAGUAUAAAUAUGGUUUACAUAUAAAAUAUAAUAUACAAGGAUAAAAUUAAAUUAUGUGAUAAAAAAGUUGUUGUUUUGGAAAACAUAAAAUAAAGUGAUAGAGAAAUUAUGUGUCAAGCAGAGCCUGCGAUUGUACAUUUUGUGUACAAAUGAUGAUACAUUUAUUAACGUCUCACAUGAAACAUCUGAAA